ACAUACACAUACACACCCCCCUUGAAAAUGCAAAGUUUAAUUGGUUGUGGUAGUUCUAUUUUCCCGCUCAAGCCAAACCUUAAAAUGUAUAGCAAUUACUUACAUGCAACCAAAAACAACCUCUCAAACUGCACCUCAAUGCUACCUAUAGUUAGGAAAAAUGGGAGCCAUAAAAUUGAUGAAAAAUACCUUGAGGCAACCCUCGAAAAAGAGCUUAUUCCGAAACAUGUUGCAAUAAUAUUAGAUGGAACUAGGAGGUGGCUUAAGGCUCAAGGAAAACCUCUAAAUUAUGAUGCCUUCUUUCAAUCUAACACCCUCUUUGCUGACCUUUGUCUUAAGUGGGGAGUUUCUACUGCCACCACUUUUAUGUAUUCUUUCAAAAACUUACAAAGAGGCCAAGAAGCCAAUGAUCUAUUAUUUGGGCAACUUGAAAGAUAUUUAGAGAAUAAUCUGGAGAAUUUUAUAAGGAAAGAAAUAAAAGUGUCGAUGAUCGGAGAAAGAUGGCUACUUCCCAAGUCUUUGCAAGACGUUAUAAAACAAGUGGAAAAUGCAACAAGUACAAAGCACACAAAAAAGUUGGAGUUGAUGUUAGCAAUAUGUUAUUCUGGGACUGGAGAUAUAUUGCAAGCUACUAGGAACAUUUGUGAAAAGGUCAAGGCUGGAUUGGUUGAACCCAAAGCCAUCGACGAGGCCAUGUUGGAUCAAGAGCUAUGGACUCGUGGCGGGCCUCACCCUGACUUGCUUAUACGAACUGGUGGUCGCCUCCGUGUUAGUGAUUAUUUGAUGUGGCAGCUAGCCCAAACCGAGCUAUAUUUCUCCCAAGUUUCCGCACCGGAAUUUGGAGAAAUUGAGUUCCUCCAAGCCUUGCGCUCCUUUCAGCAAAGGGAAAGGACGUUUGGAAAGUGACCAAAUGUUAUAUUUUGCACUUUUUAAAUUUUAUAUAAAUUGUAAACGAGGAUGUCAAUUGAUAAAGUCUCAGGGAUGGUACUCAAUAUAUAACUUAAUUAAAUCGAAUUUUGUUUACAUCCAGCCCUUUGUGGCUUUCUCUUUAGCAUUGUGAGGUUGUGGUUUAUAUCCCACUUUUGUGGCUUUCAUUUAGAAAUGUGAAGUGGUUCAUUUGUAAUAGCAUUGUGAAGUUGUUUUUCAUUUGUAAUAGCAUUGUGAAGUUGUUGUUAUUUGUAAUAGCAUCGUGAAGUUGUGGUUCAUUUGUAAUAGUCUCACAUCAGCAAAAGUAUAAAGAGAAAAAAAAAAAAAAAAAAAAAAAAAAAAAAAAAAAAAAAAAAAAAAAAAAAAAA